AUGGAUGUUACAAAUCUUUACACGAAUAUUACCACCUCUCUUGGUCUCAAGGCACUUGAAUACUGGAUCGAUAAAUAUCCACAUAAAAUUCAUUGCCGUUUUAGCAAACAGUUUAUCCUAGAGGCCAGUGAUAUAGUUUUGAAAAAUAAUACAUUCGCAUUUGACGAUAAACAUUAUGAACAACGUAAAGGAACUGCCAUGGGGACAAAAAUGGCCCCUACUUAUGCCACCCUCACCCUAGGAUACCUGGAGGAAAUCAUGUACGAAAAAACAAAACAGCAUUUAGAUGAACAGACAACAGGAAAUAUAAAAAGCAAUUGGAAAAGAUACAUGGAUGACUGUUUUAUCAUUUGGAACGACACUGAUGCUAACUUAGAAGCUUUCGUAAAUAUGAUGAACGAUCUGGAUCCAGACAUCAAAUUUACAAUGGACAAAAGUUUUCAGAGCAAUCCAUUUUUAGAUAUCCUUACGAAACACGAGGAGCAUUUAUCGACUAUAUUUACUACAAACCAACAGAUACCCAUAAAUACCUUCACUUUAGUUCCUGCCAUCCAAGCCAUACAAAACGCUCAAUUCCUUAUAACUUAG